CCUGGGACAUCAACUCAGAUAUGUUCUCAUUCACUGCUCCAAGUGUUGACAGACCAUUUACGAGGCGAGGACUUCUAUCAACCAUGAAUAGUAUUUUUGAUCCUAUUGGUUUUGCUGCACCUUUCACAAUUAGUGGGAAAAUCUUGCUUCGUGAGGCUUGUUCAGUUGGAAGUGCUUGGGACGACCCUUUGCCAGAAACAUUUCAUAAAGAGUGGGUUCAGUGGAAGAAAAAUCUUGAGAUGCUGAAUGGCUACAAGGUUUCUCGCAUGUAUAUACCAGACUCUCUAAGCUUGGCCAAAGACUAUCAAAUCCACGUCUACUCCGAUGCAUCUGAGAGUGCUAUAGCGGCCGCUGCCUAUGUCGUCGUUGAAUCCAGUGACCAACCACAAGUGGGCUUUAUCAUGGGAAAAGCCAAGCUGGCUCCUAAAACUGGACACACAAUACCUAGACUAGAAUUAUGUGCAGCCGUUUUGGCCACAGAAGUGGCAUCAUUUGUAUCGCAUCAAUUGGACAUUCCAUCAUCAUCAUUUCAGUUCUUCACAGAUAGCAUGGUGGUGUUGGGCUAUAUCGGGAAUAAGACCCGUAGAUUCUAUACAUAUGUGAGCAAUAGGGUUGCACAAAUCCAUGAAUUCUCUGAGCCUGAACAGUGGCAAUACAUUUCUACUGAAUAUAAUCCUGCAGAUUCAGCCACUAGGGCAUCUUCUGAGAAUAUCCAUACAGUGCUAGAGAAAUGGCAUAGUGGGCCGAAUUACCUUAUUGGAGAACAAAAAGAAAGAGAUGUGAAAGAGUUUCCUCUUCAGUGUCCUGAGGAAGAUUCAGAGGUUCGCCCAGAAGUUGUAGUAAAGGCGACAAAUGUAAAGAGUUCCAUGGAUCCAGUUGCUAAAGCCUGUGAGCGCUUCUCAUCUUGGAAGAAAUUGGUGUUAGCGUUUAGCUUGCUCAUUCAUAUUGCCAGGACGUUCUCAAAACGCAAUGACUGUAAGUGUUCUGGAUGGCAUGUGUGUGAGAAGAGAUCCUCUCCUGCUGUUCGAAUAGAUGCAGAGCAAUUUAUACUGUCUGAACUCCAGAAACGGCAUUAUGCUGAAGAAAUUUGUGCAUUGAAGGCCGGCAAGCCCAUUCCCAAGAAAAGCGCAAUAAUUUCCUUAUCCCCUUAUUUAGAUGAAAAUGGGAUACUCAGAGUCGGUGGCCGCCUUCGAAAGCUACGGAAAAGCCAGGGAAUUAAAGUUGUUAACCCUUUGAUCGUCCCAAAAGGUCAUGUAGCAACACUGUUAGUUCGACAUCAUCAUGAAAGGGUCCAACACCAGGGCCGACACCUCACGGAAGGGGCUGUCCGCAAUGCAGGUUUGUGGAUAAUCGGUGGCAAGCGUUUAAUUGGCAGUGUUUUACAUCACUGUGUAACUUGCCGAAAGCUUCGUGGAAAGACCGCUGAACAGAAAAUGGCCGAUUUGCCACAAGAUCGUCUUACUUCCUCACCGCCCUUCACACACGUUGGAGUGGAUGUGUUUGGCCCUUGGACCGUGGUGACAAGACGUACCAGAGGAGGUAGUGCAAAUUCAAAACGCUGGGCUGUGCUUUUCACAUGUUUGUAUAGUAGAGCUGUCCAUAUUGAGCUACUAGAGGAGAUGUCUACGUCCUGUUUCAUAAAUGCAAUGCGCAGAUUUAUUGCAAUUCGCGGAAAAGUGUCAGAAUUUCGGUCGGAUCGUGGCACAAACUUUAUAGGAGCAGCCUCCGAGCUUGGUAUGAAAACGGUCUGUGUAGAAGAUGACCAAUUUCAGACCUACUUACAAGACAAUGAAAUAAUUUGGCGUUUCAAUCCGCCGUAUGCCUCCCAUUUUGGUGGCGUUUGGGAAAGAAUGAUCGGGAUUGCUCGUCACAUUCUAGAUGCAAUGCUACUAGACUUCAAACAAGGAAAACUUACUCAUGAAGUUCUCUCAACCUUAAUGGCAGAGGUUACCGCUAUCAUGAACUCCAGGCCUCUUGUCCCAGUUUCUACAGAUGUUGAAGAACCAUUUGUCCUAUCACCGGGAAUGCUACUUACACAGAAAUCUCCCGAGAUAGUUUGCAGUUUCCGCGACAUAGGUGUGAAAGAUAUGUACCACUCUCAGUGGAAGACAGUGCAGUUUCUGGCAAAUAUUUUCUGGAAACGUUGGAAGGGUGAUUUUCUGUCAUCUCUACAGACGAGGAAGAAGUGGGCGUCGCCUUGUGAAAACAUCAAAGCUGAUGAUGUAGUUCUAUUACGCGAUCGAGAUUGUGCGCGCAAUGAAUGGCCUAUGGGUCUUGUGACAAAGGCAUUUCCUAGUGACGACGGACUUGUUAGAAAGCUGCAAAUCAGGGUUAUCAAGAAUGGAAAGCAAUGCCUUUAUGUGAGACCAAUUAAAGAAGUUGUUUUGCUUGUGUCGUCGUAGAAAGCAGCAACAACAGAAGAAUGUUUCAGAAAUCUUAUUUAACUGAGGCAUAAAGAUUUUGUGUAAAAUAUGUUUUAUUCUUGAAAGUAUUUUGAAGUUGUUCCUUUCAAAGUCAGAACUUAAACAUAAGUUCCCGCUCAGAAGCCUUUAUGCACAAUCAAAUUUAGUUUGCUUUCUGCAUAAAUAUCUUCUUGCGAAAUUAGAAAACAUACCUUACAUGAAUUUUUUUAAUUUUCUGCUAUGUUAAUGAUUUGCUACACUAAAGUCUUUAUGCAACGUUCGCGCAAUAUCAGUGUUAAUAUGUGCAGAAGCCUUCGGGUAAUUCUCUGUGUGCCUAAUGAGUAUCUCCUCAAAGGAAAAUCAUCCAAAACAUUUUGCUCUCCGAACUGGUGUCCAAUCCGGAAAGACCUGCAAUGAGGGCCUUUCUAAUGAGACUUCUGUGAAACGGCAUUAAGAAAGGCAUAUGUUAACACAUGCUCGAGAGAAACUUUCAGCGACUCGAGACAGCAACUAUGCUUGUAUGAACUUUGAGAUAUUAAGUCAGUCUUUUAAUCAUAAAAAUAUUAGUCUUUGAUACAAUGUGUUAAUAUCUCUUCAGAUAUUGCAUUUGACUGUAUUUAUUCUUAAGUAUGCCAUUUUUUAUGUAGUCAUGGUAUAAGUUUGAAUAAUUACAGUAAACCUGUGUAUUCCAAGACUUACUUGGAAAGAUGCUUAAGAAAAUGGUUUAAGUCUUGUGGUUAUAUCCUUUGAUAUAAGACGGGGAGUGUUCUGGACCGAUUUCAGUUUAUCCUUCCUUUCAAUCUGUAAGCAAUUUUAGAAUCUAUAUCGAUUCGAUAGUGGCUUAAGGGAGGCAACUCUUUCAUGCUUAUCUCGAGUUCUUGAGGAAGUUGGAGAGUUGUUGUUCCUUAAUUUUCGGAGACAUUCGGACUUGUACGUCGUUUGUUUGUGUCUCGUUAUUUCCCCUUAGAAUGGAUGCGCUGUGAUUGAGCUCCAACAUUUUGGCAUUUUGUAUGGUCCCGCACACUCUUUUUUCACCGCACGCAACGUUAUACGUCUCAACACAUUGUAACCUAUCGAGAUGAGGAUAAUAAAAUGGUGACACUAGCUGUGGAUUGUUAUGUCAUUGAAAAUCCUAGUGACAGCAUAUCGACCUCGUUUUUCAGUCGCAGUGGUCGAAUUUCACACAUUUCCUAUGCUCUUUAUGUCGAACUGUAGAUCGAGACGUAGUUGAGAAAAUAGUCAUGACGGUUUGCAGCAUGUCGCAAAAUACCGUGCGUGUCAAUAUAACAAACUGUCAUAAUUGGAGGAUACAAAAAUGUAAUUGAUAUCCAUCAUCGUUUCCAGUCAAUGGCCGUAUAUACAAAGCGAAAAUAGAUAAGAAGAAUUUAUAGAAAAUAUAGAAGACAAUAGCCUGCAGAAGUUAAUAAACUGACAAUUUGCGAACCUGUAGUGAACAUUUAGCCCUCCAUGACUUUGUGAACUAGUAAGCUCGACAGAAAGACAUUAAUUAUUGUGAAAAACAAAAGCCAAGGUCAAA